AUGCUGAAGGCGUCGGGGAUGCGCGGCACCAUGUUCUGGUCGCUGCACGCGUGUCGCUGCACGACCAUCGACACGCUGCUCAACAGCGAGGAGGGCUUCACCCUCGAGCAGCUGCUCGACGAGGACGAUUUGCUGCAGGAGUGCAAUUCGCAAAAGCGCUGCGAGGCCUUCCUCACCUCGACGCCGCCGCAGCUCGACUGCCUCGUGCGCGACACCGCCGCCAUCGAGGCGGCGGCGGGCGAGGCGGACUUCUCCUCGAUCCUGCUCCCCGCGCCGCUCUCGGACGUGCCGGACGCCCCGCUCCUCUCCAGCUGUGUCAUGAAGCAUGAUAGAUAG